GGAUGUAACGGAUGUCGUCUGGAGAUAGAGAGGAGGACCAAGGUGUAGCGUGGAAAGGCUUGACCUCGCGACCCUUCCCAUCAGGAGGUGAGCCAGUUACCGGAGGUAUAAAAACCCGGUGUGUCCCCGGAGACUCCAGUCCAGUGGGUUCUGAAGACAAGGGCAACAUUAAAGAAGUACCAAACUUACAAGGCUACGAGAUGACGAUCUGGCAACUGCCUUCCAUGCUCCUUGUUGUUAUAUCAAGUGUCUCUCCUCAUCCUCAUCACUUAUUUGAGUAUGAUGAGCUGAGUCAGUAUGUUGACAGCCAUCAGGACGAAUAUGUACAGACUCUGAGGGACUGGGUUGCUGUAGAGAGCGACUCCAGUGAUGUCUUGAGGAGGCCAGACUGCCAUCGCAUGAUGGAUAUGACGGCUGAGAAACUACAAGCCAUGGGAGGGAAGGUGGAACUGGUGGACAUCGGCGUACAAGAGCUGCCUGAUGGCAAGACAGUGGCCUUACCCAAGGUGGUGACAGCCCAGUUUGGCAGUGACCCCAGUAAGCAGACAGUCUGUGUGUACGGACAUGUGGAUGUCCAGCCCGCUAAGCUAGAGGACGGCUGGGCCACUGAACCCUACAACCUGACAGACAUCAACGGAAACCUCUACGGCAGAGGGGCGUCUGACAACAAGGCCCCUGUCUUAGCCUGGAUCCAUACAGUGGAGGCCUAUCAGGCCCUCAGCAUUGACCUGCCAGUCAAUGUGAAGUUCAUCAUCGAGGGGAUGGAGGAGACCGGGUCCAAUGGCCUGGACGCCAUGAUCGUGGCGCAGAAAGACACGUUCUUCUCCGACGUUGAUUACAUCAUCAUCUCAGACUGUGGUUGGCUGAGCCGACGCCCCGCCCUCACCUACGGGACCAGGGGGAACUGCUACUUCUUUGCUGAGGUAGAGGGCCCAAAACAGGACCUACACUCAGGGGUGUAUGGAGGCACUGUUAUAGAGCCUAUGACAGAUCUGAUUGGCAUAUUGGACACACUGAUCAGCCCCAGUGGAAAGAUCCUCAUUCCAGGCAUCAGAGAGGCCGUCGCCCCACUCUCAGACGAAGAGUGGAAGAUGUACCAGGACAUUGAGUUUGACAUUGAGAGCUUUAAGUCCAAGAUUGGCGUCAGCCAACUCAUGUACAGCAACAAGGUAGAUCUGCUGGCCCAUCGUUGGCGUUACCCUACCGUUACCAUCCAUGGAAUCGAGGGAGCCUUCUCUGGCCCUGGCUCUAAGACGGUCAUCCCUGCUAAGGUCAUUGCCAAGUUCUCCAUCCGACAGGUCCCCAACAUGGACCCAGCAGUGGUCAAAAAACAGGUCACAGACUACCUGUACUCUGUGUUUGCCAAGAGAAAGAGCCCCAACAAGCUGAAGGUGACCAUGAUCAUCGGGGCUAAGCCCUGGUUAGCAGACACCAAGCACCCCCUGUACGAGGCAGGGAAAGCAGCCGUGAAGAGAGUGUUUGACGUGGAGCCAGACCUGAUCCGUGAAGGGGGAACCAUCCCCAUCGCCAAGACCUUUGAGGACGUGACCGGGAAGAGCAUCAUCAUGAUGCCUAUCGGAGGCUUUGACGACGGCCUCCACUCCCAGAACGAGAAGAUGAGCAGGUACAACUACAUAGAGGGGACCAAGUUGUUCAUCGCGUACCUCCAUGAAGUGGCCCAUCUCAAGAAGGACUGAGAGCACCUCUUUUCAUCACCACUGUUAAAAGACAGUUCUAUAAUGUUUUGUAUGAGAUCCCAUCAGUGGAGUCUGUCCUUGUUUAGCUUGUAUGAGAUUCCAUCAGUGGAGUUUGGCCUUGUUUAGCUUGUAUGAGAUCCCAUCAGUGGAGUUUGGCCUUGUUUAGCUUCUUUCCUGACGUUAACUUGUGACUGUUCUUGUUUCUUUCCCUCUAAUCAAAACAUUCCAGGAACCCUGUGAGUUCUUGGCAUCUGAUAUAGCCUCAACACUCUGCCUCUCUUCUUUCUCUCUCUCUCUCUCUCUCUCUCUCUCUCUCUCUCUCUCUCUCUCUCUUUCUCUCUCUCUCUCUCUCUCUUUCUAUAUCUUUCUUCCUCCCUCACUUUCCUCCAUUCUCUCUCAAUGUCUCUCUCUCUCUCUCACUCUCUUUCUCUCUCUCUCUCUCUCUCUCUCUCUUUCUAUAUCUUUCUUCCUCCCUCACUUUCCUCCAUUCUCUCUCAAUGUCUCUCUCUCUCUCAUUUUCUCUCUCGUUCACACACAAAUAUCUACUUGAGACAGCAAAUAAAACUGGUAUGACGCA